UUCCAAAAACCGAAAUCCUGGGUGCACCAGAUCUGUAUAUCAAUCGAGGUAGCACGAUCAACCUGACGUGCGUGGUUCUUCUAAGUCCAGAACCACCAGCCUACAUAUUUUGGAAUCAUAACGACGCGAUAAUCACCUACGAUCCGACCAGAGGCGGUGUGUCCGUGGUCACGGAAAAGGGUGACAUCACCAGGAGUUUCCUGUUGGUGCAGGAAGCAAAGCCAUCGGACUCUGGCCGGUAUACUUGUAAUCCCAGCAAUGCUCAAUCAAAAUCGAUCACCGUUCACGUACUCAAUGGAGAGUAUCCCGCGGCAAUGCAGCACGGCGGCCAAGCCAAGCAACCAAGACUCUACUCCCUCCUUCUCUGUCUGUGUUUGCUGCUUUACUAACCGUUUCAUCACGGAGACGAUGCUCCCUCUCCUCUUUCGCGCGAACGAACGGUGAACGAAAGACUGCCACCGCGAGAACCGGCCGAUCGGGCAUCGACCGGCGCACCCUCGAGGAAAGUACGCGUGUUCGUGCAAUCUCGGAGAUCGCACGGUGGUGCCAGUGAUCCAGCGAGUACCUAACCACGACGCCGGUACGUCGUUAGCGUGGACGAACGAGACACAGUGUACGCGAAACGCGAAUGUUGCCCCCCGGAAAUGCAACGUGCGGACAGUGCGCGAUUUCGAAAGGAACCGCAACGUCGGGAGCGACGAUGCGGCAACGUUUCGACGGGACGCGACAAAGUGACUGAUCGUAAUCGCGAAUGAACACGCAACGCGCCAACGUAAUGGAUUUCGACGCCAGGGAAAUAACGCUGCCGUGACAGCGGCUCGAGAAACGAUUAAGCACGAAACAGCUGCGGAACAGAGUAGGAAAUUGAGACGGCGAGAGGCAAAGAAUCAGCGGAACAGAGGACCGAGAGGAAGAACAAGUGGAACGGAACAAGCAUAUCGGGACAAAGGCGAGAACCGGGAGUACAAGGGAUCGUCUUUCCUCCGCAAUUAUUCAACCACGUUGACAGGAUGUGUGACGAAAGGUGGAAGAGAGACGGCGAACGAGCGAGAACGAGAAAAUACGAAAGGAGAAGGUUGCGCGGGGUAUCGAUCGGCAAUCAGAUUCGUCGGAAAGGGUGAAUCGUUGCCGUGCAUCGAUCGUAUCGCGACACUGAUGUACUCUGAUAUCGAUAUCUACCGGGCAACAAGUCGAAAUGCUCGAGCAUUCGAUCUGAGCGUCAAGUUCGCGCAGCAUCACUCGCACAGCUUCCGGUACUGCGGACCUCGUCACGUCGACAUUUAUACACGAUACGCUUUCGAUGGAGACAAUGAACUCGCGAUCUCUCGACGAUGAGUAAGGUUUUAAAAAAAGAAGGAAAAAAUUAGAAAAAACAAGAAAAAAGAAAAAAAGAAAAAGAUCUCCCUCGAUAAGAAUUCUAGCCAUGUAAGAGCCAAUCUCACACGUGUUUUUUCUAACGGAUCCAUCUGCUCUGCUUACCAUUCGUUUCACCAACACGCCAAACGCUCUGCUCGAUCGUUUUUCUACGCGUCGUCUAUUUACGCGGUCUCUUUCUCGCUCGGUCGCUUUCAACGCCGUUCGGUCACAAGAGCUUUCUAAUUUACGAGACACAGGCACGAUUGCGAUUCACGUGUUACGUAGAACGGAAGUCAGUAUACGAUUAAGCGUAACGAAUGAAUUUCACAGGCUGACGCACGCUGGCGAAACUCGACUGCGACCGAGCAAUUAAUUCGCCGCUAUCACGACUCGAUCAUAAUAAGUUUAUUUAGUUCGGCGACCGAUACACACGCGUACACACAGGCACAUACCAACCUCGUUGCACGAGCAAAGUUCCAUCGUAUGGCGAAACUGACGUUUCACGCAAAUCGAUUAAUGCGAACACAUCGUACACACCGCGAAAUUGUACGUCUAUUAAAACGCUAAACGGAACGUACGUAUUGUCUGCUUAUUGCGCGAAACCGAACGUGACUGCUCCCUGGUUAAAAACAAAUUAACAACACCACGAACUGAUGAAUUAUUCGAUGAUUAAGAAGAAUUUAUUUUAACAGAUUGUCGAUCAAUCCUGUUACAUUCUUCCUUUUGCCAUUCUGACAUUUAACUCUCCAGUACGCAUAUUGAGUCCGUGAUACUCACGAAUAUGUUGCUACUAGCGAAGAGUUAAAUAAGAGUUGUACUUUAUCAUUGCGUAAUACAUCUUUGAAACGUUAUCUCAUUCGCUAAUUGCACGGUCAAUGCAAUUAUCUUUAUAGCUAAUCCCGGCUGAAGGUGUUUUAUUUCGUAAAUUAAACUGUUCGAUAUCUAUGUUUUAAUUUAUAUCGCAUUGAUUUCAGCGGAGGGAAAUUGAAGCAUCGCGCAGGAUAUCGAGUAUAAUGCGGAAUAUUCAUGCAAUUUUAACGAGAGUAUAAAUUCUAUUUUCCUCGCGUACGUGAAACAUAGAUCGAUAUCGCGUCAAUAUUUUUUCCCUCCCCUUCCCAUAAUAAAGCCGAGCGUCGGCUGGCAAACAAUUUAUUUCAAACUCAAUUGCAACGCGCAUCUCGGUAAUGUUCGAAGUUGCGAAUCUGCAUUUUCAUCGUUGCCGGUUUACGUUGCCUCGAGAAGAG